CAUUCAUAAUACAAACACACACAAUUCAUUGAAGCUUGUUUAGUUUCUUCUUUCUCUUCUAUUGGCAAAGAAAACAAAGAUGGCUUCUCAUCAAGUUUGUGAAACUUUGGGCUUCAUCAACGGUGACGAUCAGGUCAUGGAAAUCAACGGUGCUCUUCUCAUCUCACUGAUGGAUGAAUCAUCAUUUGAUGAUGAUCAUGAUGCUGCUGAAAGUGAUGAUGAUCAUGAUGAUAGGUUAAACAGCUUGAUCAGAUCAUUUGAGGCUGAAAUAAUAACAAGUGGAAGCAAUAAUACUAAGAACAUGGAAUUAGGUCAUGGUGAUUAUUCAGAAUCAUCAUGGACCAAGAUGGGACACGUGGACGGCCAGGAUUACUUGGCCUCAUCAAACGAUGAAUUUGGGGUGGAAUGGGUGGAUAUGGAUUUCGUGCCAUCCUCACCGUGUGAUCAUCAUGACAAUAGCUGCUGGUGUAUUGAUGAUCCUUAUGAUGGAGUAGUUGUUGAGAAUAAUAGCUUGAAGGAUUAUGAAGGGUAUGUAAUGGAAGAACAAAAUGAUAGCAAUUCAUUAUUUUGGCAAACAGUUAUCAUAACAUAGUGAGAUGAGAUUGAUUAUGCACUGAUGAUGUUAUGUAAUUUGGAAUUCUCAAAUUAAUGAAAAUAGUGCAGUACUCGUGCCAUAAUAUAAGCACAAAAAUUUUAUAUUAA